AUGGUGGAGAUGGAGUCGAUGGAUCAUGGUGGCCUAACGGAAGACUUGGAGCCGGAGCUUCUUCGAGGCAUCCCGCUGCAUGUGGCCCUUUCUGGUUGGGGAAAACAUUGGGCAGACAAUGGCAGUGGUAGCCUUGGCACGGACUCUGAAAACAGCCAAGGCCAAAACAGCUAUAGCUUGAGCAGUGCCACUCCAGUUUUUUCCAAUUUCUUAAGCCAUGACUGGGGGACCUCGCGCUGGGAGAAGCUGCUUGCAAUGAUGCUCCUCUUCAACACCAAGCCUGCAGCUCGCGCUACGCUGGUCGUCAGCAUUCUCACCGCUGCUGCAUCCAACUUUCUCGGACCGCGGAUCCAGGCGGUCUUACCUGUAAUCAGCUACUUGUGCUUCUGGACCUUCCUGUGCUUUGCACAGCGAAUCUUCGCGAUGAUAUCGAAGCCGAAGAUGGUCUUUUUGGACAAGCUUUGCAUUUCACAAGAUGACGCCGUGUUGAAGCAAAAGGGCAUCUUAGGCUUGGCUGCCUUCUUAGACCGCUCCAAGAAGCUUACAAUUCUGUGGAGUGCGCGUUAUUUUUCGCGACUUUGGUGCUGCUAUGAACUGGCAACGUUUCUCCGGCAUUCCACCCGAAAGUCAAUUGAGAUCAUGCCCACCAAGCUGGCAGGGAAGACACAAGAUGCAACUGACGAAUCUCAGUUGGAAAAGUUCAACCAGACAGCGCAGCAGGAGCUUCUGCCAAUAGUGCUGGAUUCAGUCGGUACCGGGCAGACAUGCAUGUCAUACUUUUCAGCCAUGGUUUGGGCCGCCAGCCUUCCAAGUUUCAUCUUUUGGUUGCCGGCCUAUAUCGAGAACAAACACUCCUUUCAAGGCUAUGAGCUCCUGGUUUGGUGGAUCCGCUGUUGCAUGCACUGGGCUGUUUUUCCUCUUGGCAUCCUUUGGUAUUUGCACGUCUAUUGGUGGCUGUGUCUGCUCGGCCUCCGCAUGGACAAGUGCUGUUGUCAAGGAAGGGGCAUAUUGAUUUCGUUCCUCUUGGUUAUUCCAUUGACUUUACUUGGUCUUGGGCCAGCAUGUUUCGUGGAAUUUACUAGGGCAGCCACAAUGACCCCCAGCUUGCUUCCACUGCUUCCCUUUUCUUUACUUUCAGUCGCUGUUCUUGCUCAGAGAUACCAAGUUCCGUGCGCCUCGCGUGAUCGCAUGACCUUGGGCCAGUCGCAGACGCAGCAGGCGGAGGAAGACCAAGAAAUGCCAAACAAGACUAUCAAGAUCAAUCUACCCUCUGCAGACACUGGGACAGAUGAAGAUCUGGUUAGUUGCGCCUUUUGA